AUGGACGACAUCUUCACGCAGUGCCGCGAGGGCAACGCCGUGGCCGUGCGCCUGUGGCUGGACAACACGGAGAACGACCUCAACCAGGGGGAUGACCACGGCUUCAGCCCGCUGCACUGGGCCUGCCGCGAGGGCCGCUCCAACGUGGUCGACAUGCUGAUCAUGCGGGGGGCGCGCAUCAACGUCAUGAACCGGGGCGACGACACCCCCCUGCACCUGGCGGCCAGCCACGGCCACCGCGACAUCGUGCAGAAGCUGAUCCAGUUCAAGGCCGACAUCAACGCGGUGAACGAGCACGGGAACACGCCGCUGCACUACGCCUGCUUCUGGGGCCACGAGCAGGUGGCCGAGGACCUGGUGAGCAGCGGGGCCCUGGUCAGCAUCUCCAACAAGUACGGCGAGAUGCCCCUGGACAAGGCCAAGGUCCCGCUCCGAGAGGCUCUCAAAGAGCGGGCUGAGAAGCUGGGCCAGAGCCUGACCAAGAUCCCCUACAAGGACACCUUCUGGAAGGGCACAACCCGCACCCGGCCACGAAAUGGGACCCUGAACAAACUGGCCGGCAUCGACUUCAAGCAGCUGAACCUGGGCCACAAACUCAACGAGAACCACUCUGGAGAGCUGUGGAGGGGGCGCUGGCAGGGCAAUGACAUCGUCAUCAAGGUGCUGAAGAUUCGGGACUGGACGACUCGGAAGAGCCGCGACUUCAACGAGGAGUACCCCAAGCUCCGGAUCUUCUCACACCCCAACGUGCUGCCCGUGCUGGGUGCCUGCCAGGCGCCACCCGCGCCCCACCCCAUCAUCAUCACACACUGGAUGCCCUACGGAUCCCUCUACAACGUGCUGCACGAGGGCACGAACUUCGUGGUGGACCAGAUGCAGGCUGUGAAGUUUGCGCUGGACAUUGCGCGGGGCAUGGCCUUCCUGCACACGCUGGAGCCCCUCAUCCCCCGGCACCACCUCAACAGCCGCAGCGUCAUGAUCGACGAGGACAUGACGGCGCGGAUCAGCAUGGCCGACGCCAAGUUCUCCUUCCAGUGCCCCGGCAGGAUGUACGCCCCAGCAUGGGUGGCGCCGGAGGCGCUGCAGAAGAAGCCCGAGGAGAUCAACCGGCGCUCGGCCGACAUGUGGAGCUUCGCGGUGCUCCUCUGGGAGCUGGUGACGCGCGAGGUGCCCUUUGCUGACCUCUCCAACAUGGAGAUUGGCAUGAAGGUGGCGCUGGAGGGGUUGCGCCCGACCAUCCCUCCCGGCAUCUCGCCGCACGUCUGCAAGCUGAUGAGGAUCUGCAUGAACGAGGACCCGGCCAAGCGCCCCAAGUUUGACAUGAUUGUGCCCAUCCUGGAGAAGAUGCAGGACAAGUAGCCCCCGCGCCCACCCAGCUGCCGCCACCAGCUUCCCCCACCGCCCCCAAGUGCCUUCGGGAGGCGCCAGGGCCCCCACCCGAGCCGGCCACGGACACACGGUACAGACGACGCUGCCGCCUCUGCUCCAGGCACCGCAAUGCCCCCUCACCCCUGCCGCAACCGGCACUGCCCCAAGCAGUGAUGGGUGCAGGCUGGGUAGGGGCCUGGCUCUGGGCAGCCCUGGACACAGGGUGAGGCCGGGCUCUGUCGGCCACUGGACGUGGAGCCCCAGGCCCAGGCUGAUCUCCACUCUCCGCAGCCCUUGCCCUGUGCUCCCCAGGACCUACCCCUCCCACCAGCCUCUCCCCCCUGGCAGGGAGGGAGGUUUGGGGCUGGCCUGCCCACGGCCAGCACCACCCUGGCUUUGCGCUUCACUUUGUCAUGGUUUCCAUCCAGGCUCCAUGGGAAAACUGCCAGCGUCUGAAUAAAUCUUUGUUACAAAAGCA